CAGUCGCCAAAGCCUGCGCUCGGGCUCUCCUGCCAUGGGGCAGCCGUCCCCCGCGCUGUGGCCGCUGCUGGCGCUGCUGCUGCUGCUGCCUCUGGCGCUGCCUCUGCCGCUGAGCCGGGCGCACUGCCCGGAGCCCUGCAGCUGCCCGCCCGACGGCGCCCUGCGCUGCCCUGGCCCGCGGGCCGGCCUCACCCGACUAUCACUCACCUAUCUCCGUAUCAAAGUAAUUCCAUCUCAAGCUUUCAAAGGACUUAAUGAGGUCAUAAAAAUUGAAAUUUCUCAGAGUGAUUCCCUGGAAAAGAUAGAAGCUAAGGCCUUUGACAACCUCCUCAAUUUGUCUGAAAUACUGAUCCAGAACACCAAAAAUCUGGUACACAUCGAGCCUGGAGCAUUUCUAAAUCUCCCCCGGUUAAAAUACCUGAGCAUCUGUAACACUGGCAUUCAAAAGCUUCCAGAUGUUACGAAGAUCUUCUCCUGUGAAUUUAAUUUCAUUCUGGAAAUUUGUGAUAACUUACACAUAACCACCAUACCAGGAAAUGCUUUUCAAGGGAUGAAUAAUGAAUCCAUAACACUCAAACUGUAUGGAAAUGGGUUUGAAGAAAUACAAAGUCAUGCAUUCAAUGGGACGACGCUGAUUUCCCUGGAGCUGAAGGGAAACGCACACCUGAAGAAGAUGCACCACAGAGCCUUCCAGGGGGCCACGGGGCCCAAUAUCUUGGAUAUUUCUUCCACCAAACUGCAGGCCCUGCCUAGCUAUGGGCUGGAGUCCAUUCAGACGCUAAUUGCCACCUCAUCCUAUUCUUUAAAAAAAUUGCCAUCAAGAGAAAAAUUUACCAAUCUCCUGGAUGCUGUAUUGACUUACCCCAGCCACUGCUGUGCUUUUAGAAACUUGCCAACAAAAGAGCAGAAUUUUUCAUUUUCCAUUUUUGAAAACGUUUCUAAACAAUGUGAAAGCACAGCGAGGAAACCAAAUAAUGAAACCCUUUAUUCUGCCAUCUUUGCUGAGAGUGAACUGAGUGGCUGGGAUUAUGACUAUGGUUUCUGCUCACCCAAGACAGUCCGAUGUGCUCCUGAACCAGAUGCUUUUAAUCCCUGUGAAGAUAUUAUGGGCUAUGUAUUCCUUAGGGUCCUGAUUUGGCUGAUUAAUAUCCUAGCCAUCAUGGGAAACAUGACUGUCCUCUUUGUUCUCCUAACCAGUCAUUAUAAACUGACAGUGCCCCGUUUUCUCAUGUGCAAUCUCUCCUUUGCAGACUUUUGCAUGGGGCUCUAUCUGCUGCUCAUUGCUUCAGUUGACUCCCAGACCAAAGGCCAGUAUUAUAAUUAUGCCAUAGACUGGCAGACAGGAAGUGGGUGUGGAGCUGCUGGCUUUUUCACUGUAUUUGCAAGUGAACUUUCUGUCUACACCCUCACAGUCAUCACACUAGAAAGAUGGCACACCAUCACCUAUGCUGUUCAGCUGGACCAAAGGCUACGAUUAAGACACGCCAUUCCGAUUAUGGUUGGAGGAUGGUUCUUUUCUACUCUAAUUGCCAUGUUGCCCCUUGUAGGUGUCAGCAGUUACAUGAAGGUCAGCAUUUGCCUCCCUAUGGAUGUGGAAACCACUCUCUCACAAGUCUACAUAUUAACCAUUUUGAUUCUCAAUGUGGUGGCCUUCAUCAUCAUUUGCGCUUGCUACAUUAAAAUUUAUUUUACUGUUCAAAAUCCAGAGCUGAUGGCUACCAACAAAGAUACAAAGGUUGCUAAGAAAAUGGCAAUUCUCAUCUUCACCGACUUUACCUGCAUGGCACCAAUCUCUUUUUUUGCCAUCUCAGCUGCUUUCAAAAUGCCCCUUAUCACAGUAACUAACUCUAAAGUUUUACUGGUUCUUUUUUAUCCAGUCAAUUCUUGUGCCAAUCCAUUUCUGUAUGCGAUUUUCACAAAGGCAUUCCGAAGGGAUUUCUUUCUGUUGCUGAGCAAAUUUGGCUGCUGUAAACAUCGGGCUGAACUUUAUAGAAGGAAGGAUUUUUCAGCUUAUACCUCCCACUGCAAAAAUGGCUUCAUUGGAUCAAAUAAGCCUAUCCAGUCUACACUGAAGCUAACCACAUUGCACUGUAGAUAUACAGUUGAUGAGACUUGUAAAGAGUGUUAACUGUUCCAUCAGUAACCACAUUACUGAACUAUGCUUAAAUAUGUAGAAAUUAUCUGUACCAGCAAUUUUAACAGAGUUGGUUUUUAGGAGAUUAUUUAUUCUUGGGCACAUUAGGCAAAGAGAGACCUAUACCUAGCUCAAAGUAUGGUCCAUGACCAUCACCAGUCUAAAUACUAUUUGUCUUUGUUACAUGAUAACGUAGAAUACAAAAGUUGGAAGUGUUUAGAAACUUUUACAGCAAUUCUGACAGAAUGAUUUUAUGUCUGUUGAAUCUACUAUUAAAAAGUUAGGUGGCAUUUUA